AUGAGUGCAAGAGAAACUAGCCAAAAACGAAAACAAUGGAAAAAUAAUACUAAAGUUUAUAGGGUAAAGCGAGUUACAUUACAAACAAGUUUACAGAAAAUAGUUGAAGAAACACCCCCACCACGUCCUGCACCACCUUUACAGCACAGAGCAGAGAAUUUGUCUGCUCUCAAUAGACGUAGAAUGCGCAAGCGGCGAACUAUUCUGUACGCGAAGAUUAAAAGUUUGGAAAACAAAGGAAGGCAGCGGGGACAGUCUCCAGGUCCGACGACCUCCAAGGAUACGGCGAUCGCUCCAAACGCGGGCGUUGUGCAGGCCUCGGUACUCGUCGAGCCUGACAAGGAUAAGGAAGAAGAAGAAAAGGCGUUGAUGUGCUCGCCGAUACUGAAUAAUCCCUCUCCUGAUGGAUCGUACAACCAGGAGCAGGAUAAAACUGUCAGGGGGAUGAGGUACGUUAAAUAG